GAGGGAAGUAGUGACACACUGGUGGACAGUAACCUUCAGUAUCGCGGCGUGUCGGACUUAAACCCCCCUGCUAAUGAAUUAUAACCCACUUCUUUCUUCUCAGAGCACUUUGACAGGAUGGCAUCACAGGAUUCGGAGGAGCCUCCUCCAUAUGAAGGCCAAACAGAUAGUCGUUUGAAGAGUAAGAAGCCGCCCAGCCUCGUGAUAGCCAUCCCUCCACCUGAGCAGAUGAUGUCCCAGGGCCCCGAAAGACAGCCGCUACGACCGUCUUUGAAAAAGAGUAUGAGUGGUCAAGCAACCGGUUCUGUGUCAGAGAGCGUCAAUGGAGCUGGAGACGGAGGCUUUUCUGCCAGAGAAAGAAGGUCAAAGUUUGGUAGACAGACAUCACUGUCACAAAGCAUCCGAAGGAAUACAGCCCAGUGGUUUGGGGUGGGUGAAGACUGCGAGACCAAGCAGCAGGUAUGGCACAGGAAGAGCCUACGCCACUGCAGCCAACGAUACGGCAAACUGAAGGCCCAGUACAGAGAGCCUGAGACAGCCACCAGCAUCGACCAGAACUUGGACUCACCAGCUACACAUAGGAUGCCCAAGAUUGUGGACCCCCUGGCACGGGGUCGAGCUUUCCGUUGUCCAGAUGAGGUGGACAGCCGCUCCCCCAGGACACCUCACACCGCUCACGGGGUUCCUGUCACACCAGGGGUCACCUCACUCAGCUCCUUCACCAGCCAGCGCUCCGGCUACAGUCGCUUCCCCAGGAGAAAGAGAGAGUCCGUGGCCCGCAUGAGCAUCAGAGCUGCAUCCAACCUGCUGAGGGGCCGUAGUGGUUUGGCAGGCUCACAGACUGGUCGCAGUUUUCCCAGAAGGAGCUUUGCCAGGCCCAGCUGGAUGGACGAAGACACUGUGGAUUCUGCAGACGCAUCUGAGUCCCUGUUCUUCAGCAAGGUUGAUGUUCAUGACGAGUUGUACUCCAUGGCUGACGAUGUAUUUGAAUCACCUCCCAUGUCGGCCGCUUUUGCUCCGUGCGAUCAGACGGACCUGAAGUUCCCCAGCAUUAAGGACAUAUCUCGGACCCCCAGGACACCAAACAUAGUGCCUGAGAAGGGUCAUCCUCGUCGUGGUCGUCGCAUUGCCUCCCAAGUUAAGCACUUUGCAUUUGACAAACAGAAGCGUCAGUAUGGUAUGGGCGUUGUGGGGAAAUGGCUCAACCGACACUAUCGACGCAGCCUCAGCAGCAACGUCCAGAAGCAGCUGGACGACUUCGACAGCCACAGGCCCUACUUUACCUACUGGAUUACAUUUGUCCAUGUAGUUAUCACAUUGCUGGCCUGCUGCACGUAUGGUUUCGCCCCUGUGGGGUUUGCACAACAUUCUACGUCUGAACUGGUGCUGAAGAACAAAGGCAUCUAUGAGAGUGUCAAGUAUAUCCAACAGGAGAACUUCUGGAUUGGUCCCAGUUCUGACGAUCUGAUCCACUUGGGGGCCAAGUUCUCACCCUGCAUCCGUCAGGACACACAGAUCGUCAGUCUGAUCAAGAGGGCCAAAGACCUUGAACGAGAGUCUGGCUGCUGCGUUCAGAACGACAACUCUGGAUGUGUGCAGACUCACAGCUGGGACUGCUCUGAGACACUGGCCACCUUUAUUAAAUGGAAUGAUGAAAAUGUGGACAUCACCAGGUCUUCUGGAUCUGUCUGUCACCAGGAUCCCAGAGUGUGUGAAGAGCCUGCCUCUUUAGCGCCUCAUACGUGGCCAGACGACAUCACCCAGUGGCCGGUCUGCACUUUGCCACAAAAGUGGAACCACACAGGCUACAGGCACAUGGACUGUAACAUCAAGGGACGGCCUUGCUGCAUAGGAACUAAGGGCAGAUGUGAGAUCACAACCAGAGAGUAUUGCUCUUUCAUGCAUGGGUACUUCCAUGAGGAAGCAACACUUUGCUCACAGGUACACUGUCUGGAUGAUGUGUGCGGCUUGCUGCCUUUCCUCAACCCUGACGUUCCUGAUCAGUUCUACCGUCUGUGGCUCUCUCUCUUCCUCCAUGCUGGGCUUUUACACUGCGUGGUGUCAGUGGUGUUCCAAAUGACCAUACUGAGAGACCUGGAGAAGUUGGCAGGCUGGGCGCGCAUCUCCAUCAUAUACAUUCUCAGUGGCAUCACCGGUAACCUUGCCUCGGCCCUGUUCCUGCCCUACAGAGCUGAGGUGGGUCCGGCAGGCUCUCAGUUUGGCCUCCUUGCUUGCCUCUUUGUUGAGUUGUUUCAAGGCUGGCAGAUGCUGGAGAAGCCGUGGAAGGCCUUCCUCAAACUGCUGGGCAUCGUCCUCUUCCUCUUCCUGUGCGGCCUCCUUCCGUGGAUCGAUAACAUCGCCCACAUCUUUGGUUUCCUCAGCGGCUUGCUGCUCUCCUUUGCCUUCCUGCCCUACGUCACCUUCGGGACAUUUGACAAAUACCGGAAACGUAUACUCAUCGGCGUCUCGUUGGUGGCUUACAUCGGCCUGUUCUCUUCCCUCAUCGUUUGGUUUUAUAUUUACCCCAUUAACUGGCACUGGCUGGAGCAUCUCACCUGUCUGCCCUUCACAAGCAAGUUCUGUGAAAAGUAUGACAUAGACCACGACAUUGACCAUGUGGUGCACUAGUCUCCAGGAUACUGAUGACAUCUAGUGAGCGCUUCUGUGCUGCUGGUCUACUUCUGGUCAUCUUGGUGGCCUUUUAAGAAUUUGGCAAUCAUAUUUUUAUUAUUUUCUGAUAAAAGAUCUGCUCAAAGUCCGUGUGAAUGGAAUAGGAUCAGUCUCUUCUCAUCAGCCUGCUGACCUACUUGCUUCCAUGAAACUUAUUCAACCUUUUCAAUCCUCAGUCAAGGCUGGUACGACCCGGUGGUUGGUUCUCAGAAUCAGGACAGGAAAAGAAACUCAGGACAUUAAAACUGCGACGAGCAGGAUGGACACCAAUGAGAAGAUCUAUAGAGCGAAAGACUGCCGGGCCUCCUCGUUUUAUAAACACACAUCAGUCUACAGACUCUCUCAGUCAGUUUCCCUUUAAAUCCAUGGACGACAAACUGCUGCGGUGAAAAGGAAGACUUUUGCAUAAAUGGGCCGUCAGGUAAACUGAGACACAUCAGAUGCUUCCGACCUGUAAUUCUUGUUUUCAUUAACACUGGAUUUAACACUACAACAGCUCUCAUUGUGUCCCGCUGCUUCUCCAAAUAGUGAGAAAUGUUUUUUCAAACCAUUUUUUUUCCCAUCUUUGCUCGUUGUAUGUAUGCACUUGGCAAGUCAAUACUCUUUGGAGCAGUGAAAGGUUCUGCUAAAGAUAACGGUAUGUUCCGAGUAUUCAUUGUGCAGCUGAAAUAGUUCAAAUCCAAUAUCAGCGGUCAACUAAGGCAAGAUUUCUAUCCAGAACCACUAGUUGCCUUAAGCAGACUAUGCCGUUUUACAAAGAUGCCUCAUUGUACUUCUGCGUCGUUUGUCAUCAGCUUUCUGACCCCUCAUGAACAUACCUGUGAUCCGAACCUACCAAAGCAACUCCACGUGCUGCUUUUUCUUCCCAUAUAUGCAUGUUGUUUUUCACUGUCACUUUUCUGUAUGUCACUGCCACAAAUGAAUUUUAAAUUAAGCUCUGCUUUCAGUGUCUCUAUUUGAUCCUAUCUGUCUGAUCACGGUGGUGCCUAAAGCCUUUUCUAGACUUACUCUGAAAUAAAUCAAACGUAAUAUUUAUUCACGGAGCGAUGACUUAAUCUGGCUUGUUGUUGGAUCAAAGCAGAUUUUUUUUACUGUAUUUUUCAACUUCUAUGGAAACAAUACUCACAAGAUCCCAUUUAAGUUUUCCCACGGGCCUUAAGUUGUGAAAUGCACUGUAGGAGUCUCUGGAUUCACUGAUACUGAACAAUGCAAGACAGAUGGUUUUAAAGUGUUUUAAACAAAUGCAAGUCUUGUCCUCUACAUUUCCUUUUGUUUGUGCCCUUGCCUUGGAGGGUCUCUCACAGUGUGACGAGUCCUGACGUCUGUAAUGAAACCUUUUCCACAUCCUUGGCUUUAAACGCUGCCCUGCAUCCAGUUUGUUGUUGUUCAGGGUUCUGGUAUGUGUUGACCCCAGCUGUCAGGAAAGCCUCAGUAAUGACUGCUGUGUGGAGGAUUAUGCGAGUUACUGAGUGAGUUAUGAGAUUAUGUGAGUUUGUCUAGAGAAGUGACUCGCUGAUCAUCUGGUGUUUCUGAGGACACAAAACCAAUUCAGAUGUUUUUAUUCAGAUUUCACAGCAGCGCAUCUCCACCGCUGCAGCCGUCAGACUCGGCCCUCAUCCGUUACGUGGGCCAAGUGUGAACAAUAGCGUCCACCUUUUGUAAGGAAACCUCUUUACUGUGCCUUUUGACAUGUGAGCAUGUGAAUGUUUGAGCUGAAUCACAACAACCAAGUCCGCCGUCAUGACUUCACUGCUGUGUUUGCAUCGGGACCAAAUAAGUUCACCCUUUUUUUUUUUUUUCUAUUUAAUACAAUAAAAAGGGAAAGUUUAAAAUAAUUUUUCAAGUCAUUGUCAAGGUACUGUUCCUGUUUUGCUUUGGUUUUAUAUGUGAAAAAAUGUGUCAGUUAAAGCGGUCAUGUCAAAAUAAACGCACUCUAAUGAAGUA